AUGCACAUAAAGAAAAAGAACGAGAUACAGACUGCAGUACAAGAUAAUAAACGUGAUGAUGUGAUUAGUCCGAGCCUUUUAUUUCCACGACUGAUAAAAGAAUCGAAGAAAGGAUUAAAAAGUCACGAGAAAAAGCAUGCAGUAAACAAAAAUGUUAAAACAAAUUCAAUAGAUUUAGAUAACAAUAUAGAAAACAAGCCACCUACUGCAUCACUGGCUAGAUUGCAAAAGAAAAAGAAGAACAUUAACGAGCAGAUUAAUAUUAACAUGCGAUCCAAAGCUCAGAGAUCAGCGUUAAAUGGUUGGGAUUGUUGGGAAUGUGAAAAAUAUUACAAGAGUCUAUCUUUGUCUAAAACAGAGUUACAGAAGCGAAAAAAUAAAUGCUCAAGACAUAGGAAGAAAUAUGAGAGACCACAUACACCAAAAGGGGCGAUGGGCGGCGAGUCUACCCACGUGAUCCCGAAGACCAUGAGUGCGGAGAAAUUUUUUGACAAGGGUCUAAACCCGAAAUUCCCGAAUUAUAUUGAAAGUCGGUUCCGGAUCGUUAUGAGAGGCUUCCUUGCGACGGGCGAGGUACGAAAGGAAACCGCUCAGGGCCUUAGGGCAAAUUCCGCAGAUAGCGUCGCGCACAGCGACAGUUCCUACCAGGACUCGGAGGCAGAAGGCACACUUCUCGAAACGCGAAUCGUCUCUCAGAGUGAUGUAAUGACGUACUACGCGCUCGUGUAG